AAGGGGUUGGGUUCUGGUGGGGAUUGGGAUUGGGUGGUUUUGUGAGGAUCUCGAGAUUUCGGGAAGCUUGAAGUUGGAGCGAUGAUCGCUUUUCUUGGCGUCGCGUUCCGGUUGCGGCCCGUGCACCGCCAUUUUAAGUUGACAUCUAUCGGGACUUGUUAUCACAAUGGUUUAACCACUCAGCGACAGCCUCGCGGCACGUGGAUUCAAUCUCAACAUCUUCAUGAAUGGGAUUACCCCUCGACGAAAUACCUUUAUCUGGCUGAUUGCCUUGAUACUGGUAGGCUACUAUGUAUUAACACGAUUCUUUGAAUUAACAGGCAGCUUCUCUAUCACCUCAAGUCCAUCUGGUACUCAGGCUGCAGAUAUGGCUAUAUCAGUGGAUCUAAGCUGGCAUGCGCCAAUUUCCUCCAAUAUCAACAGCCUCAGUUCAGCGAUCAAUGGGACAGGAAUCUAUGGCUUCAUUUUCAAUUCUUCUACGCUACCACAGGGAACACCAUAUGGAACGUACAAUUGGUGCAACAUGCCCCAUGUCAGGCGCACCGAGUAUCCAAAGGUGAAUUCUUCGUAUGCUCUCGAAUACGUCGAAGUAAUCCACCGACAUCACAAGCGCACUCCUUACGCCUCCAACACCUUCCCAGUCGAGUCCUAUCCAUGGUACUGCGACGACGAAGGCCUCUUCUACGCCGGCGCCCCCUUACCUACUCACGGUGCCAAUCAAGCUGCCAACACCUACUGGAGCGUCUACACCUCCACAUCUAACCCUUUGGCACCACGGGGAUUUAACGGAACAUGUCAAUUCCCACAGAUCACCCGCGAAGGGCUCGACGACAGCUGGCAGCAUGGCAAAGAUCUAUACGACGUCUACCACGACCUACUCGGGUUCCUCCCCAAGAAAUACGAUCCAAAAGUCGUCAGUUUCCGCGUCACGAACAAUGUCAUCACUUCCCAGGUCGCCAGCAUGCUUGUAUCAGGCAUGUUUCGCGGCGAAGAGCAUGAGAACGUACCCUUGCUAAUCCAACCCUCGAACAUCGACAGUCUCGAGCCCGCAUACUCCUGCUCAUCAGCGAGUAACAAGUUCUCAUCGUAUGGCGCCGGGAGCAGCGAUCCAGGCUGGACUGCUCAUCUGAAAGCCGCCUCUGACCUAUACGCGAAUCUGGAUGCCAUUUCUGGUGUCUCGCCUACGGAUUCAGGAUUCCACAUGUCCUUUGACCAUUACUUCGACAAUCUGUCUGCGAGACUCUGUCACGCGAAGCCGCUGCCUUGCAGUAUCAGCAACCCGUCUCUCUGCGUUACGCAGAAGAUGGCGGAGGAAGUCUUUCGUUUGGGGCAGUACGAGUACAGUUACCUCUACCGUGACGCCGGGGCACGCACACUGGAGUAUACUGCUGCUAGUUACGGUAUCUGGAUUGCGGAGCUGGCGCAGAAUUUACGAGAUGCGAUGCAUGCAACUGACUCAGCGAGUAACGGUAGCAAGAAGAAGAGUAGUGGCAUGAAAUACCGACACAAUGUCGCUCACGACGGAAGCGUUAGUCGGUUGUUGAGCAUCUUGCAGAUCGAGAAGAUGGUGUGGCCAGGUAUGGGCAGUGAGGUGGUAUUCGAGCUUUAUAAGGGCAAGAAGGACCAGCAAUACUACGUCAGAGUGUUGUGGGGUGGGCAGGUGCUGAAAAGUAGCAACCCGACGCUUGGGGUCUUGGAUAUGGUCCGGGCCGAUAUACUUAUUGCGUAUUUUGACGGGCUUGCAGGUCAGGGAGCAAAGAAGAUACCUAGCCUCUGUAGCGUGUAGAGUUUGAACAGAUGCCUGCAGGUAUUUCAAUUUCAUAGAAGCAUGAUACAGGUCCGGGCCGCGAGGCUCAUUCACUAGGCUAGAUGGCAUCAAUUUAACUAUUAUCUAG